CGAAAAGCUCCCAUAGUGUUUUCUGUUGCAUGAGCUGACGGUUGGGCUGUGCAUCCGGGGUCCGAUGCUUGUUUAAGGAGAAGCUUUUUCUCUGAGUUCUUGUACACCACUGCAAGGCAAAACAACGUCGUUUUAUGUAUGGGUGUGGUCUGACGAGGACCGUCUUCCAGCCAUUAGCUUUUCCUCUCUCGUUUUUCUAGGUCUGCAUUCGUUCUGUGUUCUGUACAGAGUAGUUUCUCCUUCUUAUCUGUCGACCACGAUUUUUGUCUUCUUCCUCUCGUUAUAGCAGAGCAUGGUGUUCUCAAUAUCCUAUAUCCUUCCCCUCUCCCUCUCCCUCCUUCUACAUUCCCACCCUGCCCUUUCGGCGUACACCAGCACAACCGACAACUCGGACGUCCACGACCCAUCCAAAUCCUGCUCCUGCUACGUCAUAUCCUCUGAUUCUUCUUCACCCUCCUCCUCCUCCUCCACCACCACCCCAACCUACUUCCUCCACCACCGCUUCUUCGACUUCCGCAACCUCGCCGACGGCCAACCAGGGAAAUACGUGUCGGACCCACCCCUCCUCAACAGCACCCAAGACAACGGCACCGAAUCCGUCUGGUCCCCCGACGUCCUCGACACGGACGCAUGGACCACCGACUGGGCCAUCCAAAACUGGAGCAAACCCUCGUCGGACAAAUUCCCCGUGCGAAUGGUCAACUCGCCCGCAAACAUCUACAUCUCGCAGGACCCCUCAAACGUGUCCGACGCCUCGACGUGGCUCACGCUGCGCACCUCGCGCCUCGACGACUUCCAGUCGGCCGCCGAGAUGGAGAGCACGCAGAAGAACGUGCUGUUCGCGAGUCUGAGGAUGUAUGCGCGGGUUCGGGGGGAUCGGGGGGCGGUGGCGGGGUUCUUCUCCUUUUAUAACGACACGAAUGAGUCCGAUGUCGAGAUCCUGACGCGGGAUCCCAGGGAUAGGAUAAGGUAUACGAAUCAGCCUGCGGUAGAUGAUGAGGGGGACGAGGUACCUGGGGCGUCGGUUGCGGUGUCGGGGUUAGGGUCGUGGACGGAGUGGGCGGAGCAUCGGAUCGAUUGGGUUGAGGGGAGGAGUUUUUGGUUCAGGGAUGGGAGGAAAGUGGCGGAGAAUACGUACAGUGUGCCUAGUGUGCCGAGUUAUCUGGUGCUGAAUAUGUGGGGGGAUGGCGGGGAGUGGAGUGGGGAGAUGGAGGUGGGUGGGAGUGCGGUGUUGGAGGUGAGGUGGAUUGAGAUGGUGUUUAAUACGAGUGGGCCGGUUGAGGGGGUGGAUGGUGGGGACGACGGGAGUAGGAGGAGGAAAAGGGGGGAAGGGGGUGGGAAGGACGGGUGUAAGGUUGUGUGUAAAGUGGAUGGGGUCAAGACGGCGGGGUCGCCCGAGGUGGUGAGUUGGGCGGUGAAGGCGACAGUUUCGUGGUGGGUAGGUGUGGGAGUCGGGCUUGGGUGGUUUGCUUUGGCGCUGGGGUUCUGAGCAGCUCCUUUACUUCUCUAUCACGGAUAAUGAUAUUGGCAGGGGGUAUUGUACAAAGUGAACAUAUGACUGGUUCCUGGAUAUGGAUUGCGCCCCGGCGUUGCGAACAUCGAGUGCGAUAGCUCACUUCAUCAAUGUAUUAGAACAAUU